GUGUGGUGGUUGGACGGUGUUAAAGGAAAAAGGAAGGAGGAGGAGGAGGGGGGGUUAAACUGAGAGUCAAGCAAGCCGGGGGAGGGAGACCUGGAGUCGGUCUGCUGCUGCUGCUGUGACCCGGUGAGAAAGCAUCAACAUGGAGCUGGAGAACAUUGUGGCAAACACGGUGCUGCUGAAAGCAAGAGAAGGGGGCGGUGGAAACAGAAAAGGAAAGAGUAAGAAAUGGAAGCAAAUGCUACAGUUCCCCCACGUGAGCAUGUGUGAAGAGCUGCGACAAACCACAGAGAAGGACUACAGCAGCCUUUGCGAGCGGCAGCCAAUCGGACGCUUACUCUUCAGACAUUUCUGUGAGACUCGCCUCGAGCUGAGACGCUGCGUUAAGUUCCUGGACGCCGUGGCGGAGUACGAGGUGACUCCAGAUGAGAAGAGGAAGGAGUGCGGUCAGGAACUCGUCGACAAAUACUUCAACCCAACGUCAGAGGACCAUGUGCCAGAAGUGGAGGAAGGUAUGAUGGCUCCGUGCGCUGAGAGGCUGCAGCUGGAGGCCUGCAAAGAGCUCUUCAAGGACUGUACCAAAUUGAUCCACGACUACCUGAGCGUGGCGCCCUUCGCAGACUACCUCGACAGCAUGUACUACAACAGGUUCCUUCAGUGGAAAUGGUUGGAGAGGCAACCGGUGACGAAAAAUACCUUCCGACAGUACCGAGUUUUAGGGAAAGGAGGUUUUGGCGAGGUGUGUGCGUGUCAGGUCCGGGCCACGGGGAAGAUGUAUGCGUGUAAGAAGCUGGAGAAGAAGAGGAUAAAGAAGAGGAAAGGAGAAUCCAUGGCGCUCAACGAGAAGCAGAUUCUGGAGAAAGUCAACAGCAGAUUUGUAGUGAGUUUAGCGUACGCCUACGAGACGAAGGACGCGCUGUGCCUCGUGUUGACCCUCAUGAACGGCGGCGACCUGAAGUUUCACAUCUACCACAUGGGCGAGGCGGGUUUCGAUGAGAAGAGAGCCGUCUUCUACUCUGCGGAGAUCUGCUGCGGUCUGGAGGAUCUGCAUCGAGAACGUAUCGUCUACAGAGACCUGAAACCAGAGAACAUCCUGCUGGACGACCACGGUCACAUCAGAAUAUCAGAUCUGGGUUUAGCGGUUCAUGUACCAGAAGGACAAACCAUUAAAGGACGUGUUGGGACGGUGGGAUACAUGGCUCCGGAGGUGGUGAAAAACGAGCGCUACACCUUCAGCCCGGACUGGUGGGCGCUUGGCUGCCUGCUGUACGAGAUGAUCGAGGGCCAGUCGCCCUUCCAGCAGAGGAAGAAGAAGAUCAAGAGGGAGGAAGUGGAGCGGCUGGUGAGGGAAGUGGAGGAGGAAUAUUCCAGCAUGUUCUCCGAAGACGCCAAAUCCCUCUGUAAAAUGCUGCUGGCCAAAGAUCCUGCAGAGAGGCUGGGCUGUCAGGGAGAGGGAGCCCCUGAGGUCAAAGGUCAUCCCAUCUUCCGCUGUAUUAACUUCAAACGUCUGGAGGCCGGCAUGCUGGAGGCGCCGUUCAUCCCUGAUCCCCAGGCCAUCUACUGUAAAGACGUGCUGGACAUCGAGCAGUUCUCCACAGUGAAAGGAGUGGAGCUGGAGCCCAAAGACGAGUCUUUCUACAGCAAAGUGUCCACAGGCUGCGUCUCUAUUCCCUGGCAGGACGAGAUGAUCGAGACAGAGUGUUUCAACGAUCUGAAUGUUUUCCACCCUGACGGGACGGUUCCUCCUGACCUGGACUGGAGAGGUCAGCCGUCUCCUCCACCCAAACAGGGACUCUUGCAGCGGCUGUUCGGCAGACAGGACUGCUGUGGUAACUGCAGCGACAGCGACGAGGAGCCCACCAGGCUGUGACACACACAAACACACACACACACACACACACACACACACACACACACACACACACACACACACGUAGGAUUUCAUUUGUUUACAACUUUUGCACAUUUGUAUUUUUAAGAUCGUAUCUCUAAAUGUCAGAAUGUAUAUUUUCAGCAUAGCCAUAAUGUUUUAAUGUUAUUUAAGAAAAAAAAGAAAAAGUGUGAAAUGUCUGUUGCCGAUGGCGACGGACUAAAAACGAGCAGAUUUUUUUUUUUUUUUUGUUAAUUUUAUUUGACGUAGUCGUCCAGGGAAGGCUUCGCUUUCACAUUCGUCCGUUGUUGCUGAAGCUGAGCAGCUCCGCCGGAACAAUCGCCUGCUGUAAGAAAAAAGAAAGAAAGAAAAAAAAAAAAGAAGUGCCUUGCUCGAGGGCACCGUGACAGUGGUUUAAGGGAGGACUGAGCGCUCUGCCAUCUCUUUAUACCACUUCUGUCCAGGGAAUCAAACCAGUGACAUUCAGCUCAUCACCUCUUCUCUUCUUCUUCCAUCCUCCACUCCGCUGUGACCAACUUCCCUCCUUCUGUUCAGCUCUUUUUAAAAGUGUAAUUUUUUGUUUUUGUUUAUUUGUUUAAAGCUGUCGACAUCUGCUGAUAUUUUUAUAUCAAUAACGAUUAUUUUUUAUUUCUUUCUUCUUGGAUUUCUUGAGACAAUCGACUGAUUUACGUGUCCGACUGGCUCCAGUUACUUUUGUCAGUUCUUAGAUGUGACUGUUAAGAUUUUCAUUUGGUUAUUUUUUUGAAUGAAAGAUAGCCGGGAGAGUUUCACGCUGAUCCAAACUAUAGAAGAAUGAAUAUAACAUUAUCUGUGAGGAAAAAAUACAUUUACUUUACAUUUAAGUGUCAGAGAUAAAUAAGGGUUGGCAAGAUGAGCAAUUCAAAAAUAUCUUAAAGAAUAGUUUUAAAAGCAGCAUCAGGUUUGUUAAAAUGUACAUUUAGUAUUU